AUGCCAGCUGAUGCCACGAUGUCAGCCUAUGUUUGACAAUUCGUUGCGACUUCAAAGUGUUUGACACUUUGACCGGAGUGUUUUCUUUCGAGCUACGUGGACACGCAUCAAUUUCAAAAAAAUGGUUGAAAUCGAGUCGAUGACGAGAUACGUCUCGCCGGUAAAUCCAGCUGUCUUUCCUCUGCUGGCUGUGGUUCUAUUAGGAAUUGGAGUAUUUUUCACGGCCUGGUUCUUCGUAUACGAGGUUACCAGCACGAAAUUUACGCGAGAUAUAUGCAAGGAAGCUCUAAUUUCAUUGGUCGCAGCGCUAUUCUCUAGCUUUGGAGUAUUAUUUCUGCUGCUCUGGGUUGGAAUUUAUGUAUAGACAACUAGAAAUUAUGUAUCGAUAAGGAAUUAAUAUUUUUACUGAGCAAAUAUCAUGUAU